CUGCUAAACUGCGUGGAAGAAGCUGCGGACUUUCCCUGCUUGACUGGGCGAGGUGACUGACUGGACCACACAGUCCCUUGACGAACCAGAGCGACCCAGGGAGGGCCCUGUGCGGCGGCCACGUCUCCAGAAUGGCCAGUGGUCAGGAAAACAAUGCAUCCUUCUGUAGUGAACAAACAGCUGCUUCAGAAAGUUCUCGAGCAAAAAGUUCUCAUAAUUAUGAAGAGGAAACAUUUUAUAGGAACUGCAGAGCAUCCUACUUAGCUAUCUUUAAAAGCAGUUUAGAAAACAUUAAAUCGAAAGAACAACUGUGUUUAGUGCUUCAGCAAGCAGGAAGAAAUCCAUCUUGGAAGACAGUUAAUAAAUACUGGACACUCCAUACCACCUCAUUGAAUUUUGAUGAUUUUUGUUUCAUCUUGAAAAAGGAACCACCUGUUCAGAAAACUGAGCUAUUCAAAGCCUUUGCAAAAAUGGAUGCAAGUAAUGAUGGUUAUAUCUUGCAUAGUGAACUUCGUAACAUUCUUACAACAAAAGGUGAAAAAAUGACUCUUGAGGAAAUUAAUGCAAUCACGGAGUUGGCUGAAGUGAACAAUGAUGGCAAGUUUGACUAUUAUAAGUUUUGUAAAUUGUAUAUGACAACCAAUGAACAGUGUUUGAAGAAUGCAGUAGAGAAACUGGAGGUUGACAGUAAACUGAAGCGCCAACAGUUUGGAAAUCAAAUAGAGACCUUUUCAGAAAUGGCAAAAUCACCAGAUUCAAAACCAAAAACAGCAAGAAAAACAGAAGCCAGACCAAUGCGAAAAGGAGGUCACUGCAAGUCUUCUUUGCGACCUUCCUCAGCCCCAAGUUGCAACAUCUCUCUGACAUCCACUAUCAGUAUGGGUGCCAGCAGCAACAAAAAAUCCAAGCUCAUUGAAGAAAAUGCAGUAAAGGAAUGGCAGUGUGCAUAUUCCAAAGGAUGUUUCUUCUUGGAAGACAAUGAUGAAAUAGUUACUCAUAAAUACAAGUUAUUUUUACCCCAGAGAUCCACAGUAUGUAUCACCAUUAAGCCUAUACGUUUUGGCCAAAUGGAAGGAAAAUGUUUCCCAUGGUUAGCAGUGGAUACUGCUUUGUAUAUUUUAAAGGAAAAUGAAACUGAAGAAAAACUAAAGGUUGUGAACUUCACUGAGCUACGAAAUAAAGAGGCUUUUGGCUGGAGAGGGGAACUUGGAGCUGGUGUUUAUUGGGUAAUUCCUUUCACCACUGGCUGUAGAUUCAAGAAAAUGAAAAAGCAAAUUGGAGAAGAAGCCAAACUCAUAUAUGAAGAUGGGGAUGGAUGCUUGGCACUUACUAAGGAGUUCAGAGUUGCCUUGUCUGAAAUCUUUGAAAUGAUUGAUUUGGAUGGGAAUGGUUUUCUCAGUCUGGAAGAAUAUAACUUCUUUGAAAUGAGAACCAGUGGUGAGAAGUGUGAUGAAGAAGCUUGGGCCAUAUGUAAACAGAAUUUUGAAACAAAGAACAAUGAGCUUACAAAACAGGGAUUUAUGGAUCUGAAUCUCAUGGAAGCCAGCGACCGGGGAGGGAAUCUUAGUGAUCUCUGGAUUACUUUGAUGUCAAUGGGCUACAAUAAAGCAAUGGAGUUGACAGAGGCAUGUCCUUUCUCUAUUCAUAUUUAUUCAGAAAAGUGCAAACCCCAAAUUAAACCUGUUUGUCUGGAAACAGGAGGUGGGCAACUUAACAAAGCAAUUUGCAUGAAUGUAGUUAAUAAAGGAGAUGCUAAGCCAAUGGAUAACAGUGAAAAUGUAAUCAUUCACACAUAUAAAAGUGACACACGGAUCACUUCUAUUAUUGAAAACAAGACUGAAGGCAAAACAGUAAUUCACCUCAACAAUGAGAAAAGUAAGAAUUGUGUAAAUAAUAGGGGACUCAACGCAUUUGCUAUUGAAGUGGCACCCAAAUCCAUGAUGGUUUCUCAGCAUGUGAUGCCAUUGAAUGAACAAGAAGAAUGGAUAUACAAUUGUGUUUAUUCUGUCUUAGUUUAAACUAUCAUCAUGAUAAAGUGUGGUCACCCCCCCCCCCCCGCCACAUACACACACAAUACCAUGACAUUGUCAAGUCUUGAAGUAGGAUUAAUAGUUUCCAGAUUACUAUAACUCAGAACUCUUUUGCUGUGGUGCAGUUGCCCUGGCUGCUGAAGUGCGAGAUGUGAGCAGGAAACUGCUCACCAUGACUAGAACUCGAGAAGUAAAACAAAGGAGGACAUAUUUUAACCUUUUCAUGCUUGUGCUAUAUGCGGGGUGGUGGUGGUGGUAUUAUGCUUGAGAAAUGCAUGCCUCAUGGCACAUAUCUCCCAAUCCUAAUUUCAGCCACCCCAAGUAGUAUACAGGCUUGGUGCCCUUUGUAGUUUACAGAGUGUUGGUGUAGAUUUGGGCAGGUAGGAUUGAAUUGUGAUUAACUGGAAUUUAUGGAAACAUGUUUCCUAAUCCCACUUCCCUCUCCUAAUCCUUUUAGCUUCCAAGUGGUUGGAGUGUUGGUCAGGGGUCAUUUCGUAGAAAAAGAACUGCAGGAACUCAUUAGCAUAACUCAUUAACAUAUGCCACACUCCUUGAUCGGGCCAAAAUGGCCAGGAUUCAGCUGCUGCCAGACAGGGGAGUGUUUCCCCACCUGGCAGUGUCCUGAUCAGGGCUGUUUUGCCCCCAAUCCAGGCCCAAAAUGGCUCAAAAUGGCCAUUUUGGGCACAUUUUGGCCUGGAUUGGGCCCAAAAUGUCCCAGAUUGGGUUGGUGCCGGGCAGGGCAGGGGUCCCCCCCUAGGCACCGACCCAAUCCUGGUGGUUUGGAUCCUGAUCCCAGCCGAAAAGGGCCCCAAAUGGCCAAAAAAGGCCACUUGGGCCCGGAUCACAGCCGAAACAGCCUGGACCAGAUCAGUGCUGGGCAGGGGAGGGUUCCCCCACCUGGCACUGACCAGAUCCCAGCAGUUCUGGCCCCGAUCCCAGAAUAAAAUGGUCCAAAGGGCCCAAAGUGGCCAUUUUGGGCCAGGAUCAGGGCCAAAAAGGACCGAAUCCAGUCAGAGCCUUGCAGCAGAACCCUCCCCUGCCCAUGACUGACACAGUCAAUGCUGUUUUAGCCCAGACCUGGGCCCAAAAGGGCCCCAAAGUGCCAAAAACAGCCACUUUGGGCCCCCUUGAGCCCAAAUCGGGGCCUAAAAG